GUCAUCACCGGCGCUCGUGUCAACUCUAAGGAAGAAGAGCAGCAGAGCAGCAGAGCGUGUGGGACUGUCGCAGUGAGCGGCAGCAGUUCCUUGAGCAGUGAUCGGCGCCCAGAGAUCUUGUUCUCCGUGCAUUCCCGCGGCACAACUGUCCUCCGCCGUCCUAUCUGGAGGCUCCUCCCAGAUGGUCGGGUUUCCGAAAUCGUGGCUAUGGGCGUCCUUGUGGAUAUUAGUACCACUGUUCUUCUACAUGUCCCUUGGAUGCUCCACUCUUCCUAAGUUAGAUAGCAAGACAGUAGUGGAGCUGACGCCGUUUUUAUUUGGAUACAUGUGUACGGCAGCAGAUAAAAGAUUCGCCAAGGAACACCUUCACUAUGGCUACUGCGAUUCUGGAGUCUGGAUAUACAAUGACUCUGAUCCAUGUGUCACCAUUACUUUCCAGCCUUGCAGCGGCGACCCUACCUUGAGGGCGCGUGAAAAUAUCACGUCAAAGAUCAAGAAAGACCCAGACAGAUACAUUGGAGCAGUUUUGAAUUGCGUUGACGGGUACGCCUGGCUGUCUGGCCACUCGGUUCGUGUCUCCGAAUGUGUAGACGGUUCCUGGACCACUGUCUACGACCUCUGUUCCGUUGCUUGUGAGGUGGAUAAGGACUGCUCCAAGAUUGCAGUCAAUCAAACAGAGACCCGAAUCAUCAGUCCAAACGGAAACACGUUGAAGGCGGUGAUGGCUGAAUGUCGUGAGAACACCUGCGGAAAAGCGCUAAAUAAACCAUACUCCUGGACGCUCAUUGGCAGGAGAAACAUGACUGGAAUGGACGCUAAUUACUCCGCGGAAGUAACGGCAAAUAUGAAAGCAGCAAGUUUGGGCGACAGGUUAACGACCGGAAAGCAGUAUUUCAUAGGAACAUACAACUUAGGCUCCAUGUCACGUGACAGUGCUGGAAAUCCACUACCACAGGUAUUAAGGAUUGAGAUGACGGUGGCUGGCCAAAGCAGUCCUCUCCACAUCACUUACUUCGGCGUCACAUUCGAUUUGGAGGGUGGCGUCAACCUGACCUCAAAUUACCAUGGCAAUCUGGAGAACUGCUGGAAAGGAAGGACCGUGGUAUCGUUAUUGCCCAAUGAUACGCAGUGCAACCUAUUUGGUGACAAACUCAUCAAAUGGGGCACAGUGACGCCACUGAGCGUGCUCAUGUACGUGACACCGGUGCAGAUGGAUCAAGAAGCCACCUGUCCCGCCCUCAACAUUAUGGAUGUCGCCUGGACCAACGCGAUAGCCACUGUGCCCUUAGAAAGAUGUCCAGGGAGUGUCGUCUCCUUCAGUUGUAUCGGACAGUACAUGGUGGAAGGAACGACCCUCGAAGCCUCUGGACUUGCCGAAUGUCUCUCAAAUAGGACUUGGAGUACCACCCCACAGUUUCCGUGUAAAAUGAAAUGUCCAGAAGGGUAUAAUCUUUCUGCAGCUCAGGAUUACUGCUUCAAAACUCCUACCACCCCACUGUCAGAAGGACUGAAAUCAGCCAGUAAAAUAUGUUCUGGAUUGUUUUGGAUUCAUUCUCAAGCGGAUUUCUCAAAUGUUCCUGACGACGGAUCUUUCUACUACACUGCCCAAGUUGGAAAGGAGGCUACUGCGGUCAUCGGGAAUUUGACCACGUGGAAUAUAAGGUGCGAUGGCAGCUCCUGCCAGGUCAUGGAGGAUGUGAGGUGCUUAGUGGUCUCGAGGUCCAAAUACAAGAUUGUUUACUGCGGAGACACUUCGGUGAAGGCGCUCUGCAGAACGCCAGCGUCGUGUCCAGAGAACUAUGCACCCCUCAACAGCUACUGUUACCGGGUCAUCAACUCAUCAGCCGUUACGUCAGACUUCUUCGCGGCUACACAGACCUGCUCAGCAGACACUGCUUCUCUGGCGUAUCCAGAGACACAGGAAGAACUGGAUUUCAUAGAAGAUCUUGUGAGUGGGUCUUCGGCUCAACCGGUGAAACGGGUUCUGCUGGGGAUUCAUGACGCCAAUGGAAACUGGACGGCCGGGGGUUUUUAUGCACCGACCUCCGACAUCCUCACUGCCGUCGGCACCACGAACGCCACCCAGCACUGGCGGUAUUUGGAAGUGUCUACUACAUCUUCGUCUUUGCCCAUGGCUUAUUCUACGUCCAUGACUUCGUCUUCCUCUAUCACCUCUACAUUCAUCGGGACACAUUACACCGGCACAGCUGAGCUUGCCGUCUGUCGGUACCCCGAUUAUAUUGGCACGGCGUGUAGAACUCAACCAAGGCAACCAACAGAGAAUAUGAAGCCACCUGCCUGGAAGAGUGUUUACGCAAUGGGGGAUGCGAUGAGUUACAGCUGUUAUCCGGGAUACUUUUUCAAUGGGAAUAUCACUGCCUCGCCCACUUACAACAUGACUUGCCUGGGGCGCCUGGGUGAAUGGUAUUCGGAUUUGGAGUUUCCCCAGUGCUUAGUUGCUAAUGUUUGCCUGAGUGCCCUGCCUAUGCUUCCAACGGUAGGCAUGGUAACAGCUGAAACGAAUACCUCUCGUUUCUUGAACGGCACCGUUACCUUCACUUGCCCACCACAGAUGGCGAUCGCUAAUGGCAGUAAGACCCAGAACAUAACUUGCAUGACUCCAGAUAAUUCAACCUACAGUUUUGCGCCGAGUGUUCUCCAAAAAUGCUACAUGUUUUGCUGGGACGCUCCCGUGGUGGAGAACGCUACCACGACCUGGCUGGGAAAUUUGUCCUAUAUAGAGGGCAGCAAUGUCUCUGCGACCUGCGUUCCAGGUCACCAGUUCACACCUGGAAACGUAACGCAAACAGUGAACUGCACAACGAACGGGACCUGGCAAGGCCUCCCGUGCUACCCAGCUUGUGUUGACCCUCGUCCUGAACCACUCUCGUUCUUCAUGGAGAAGGACCCCUCUCCUGGAAAACGCCUACGGGACCAUCCUCAACUACACGUGCAGCCCUGGAUACUUCGUUCCCGUCACUGUGGUAUUGUGUCACUACUCUUUCUCACUCGUAUCAUAGAUAAGCAUGACGUUAUGUUCGAGGGUAGAGGGUGAAGCCCGACUUUUUUCCCCUUCCCGUCGCUCCGUUUUUUUACUUAAUCUUCUGGUUCCUCCCGGGAGAAGAUGUGUUGCUCAUUCCAUCCAUUUUGUGGUACUUGUGGUUCGUUUAGAUAGCUAAUAACACGUUACUAAGCAGAAAUCCUCUUUCAUUCAGCUUAGAAUAUACCUUGCUUUCUCCGGCGAACUUGAAGCCUUAAGUAGAAUAAAAAUCAAUGUCAAUGAAGAUGCUGACUGGUCGGGGAACCUCAUUCUCGGUAAUUGCCCAGACCAGAUUAAUCAAAGGAAAGUAACUGAGAUAAAGAAAAAAUAUGAAUUGGGGAUUAAUCUCGGAAGAACUGACCCGUGAAUGACAGUAGUUUACAGAAUGCUCAGAAAAAGUUAAGUGAUAUGAAAUCUAAGAUUUUAAUGACCUGUUGACUGAUCCUUUCUUCAGGAGAGAGAGAUGUAAUGUAAUGUGGUCUUCUUCAUGUAUUUUGAAAGAUUUUUUCUCUACAUUCAAGAGUACAAAGAGAACAAAUCAUUCUCCACCAAAAGCUUUCAGUAAGGUACCGCUACCAUCGUUCAUAACUGAUGCUCUGUAAACGACGGUAGUACCAUUGGCUUUUAACUGGUGAAGCAUUGGUCUCUGCCUCAUACAUUUCUCAUUUAGCUAUUCAGCUUCAUUAUCUUUACCUUGUUUCAUUUCCAGCUUUCAUUUCAUAACAAACUCCGUCAUGCCAGCCAUAUGAGAGUAACUUAUAUGUUGCUUCUCGAUGAUAAUAUACCAUAAACAAGAAAUGUUACAACCUGCAUGACGAGGCUUAGACAAUAGAUUACAAACUUUCUCGAGUAAAAAUAGAGUAGUGUUAGUAUAGAGAAUAUCAUAUAAUCCCAAUAAACAUUCCACAUUUAGCUUCAUGUAAUUAUUGACUGUCAGACAGGCAUUUUUCCGUGUAUCAUUUUAGUCCCAGUGUCACUGCGAGCCAUUCCCUUCUUCUGUUUGGUUCCAACUGGAGAGCGUCAUGGAUUUGCAAAGACAAUUGUGUUUAAUUUGAAAGAAAUAAGCCUCUGUUUUUGUAGUUUCCUUUUGCUCUGGCUGUAGGCAUGACUAAAGGUUCUUUGCAGCGUCCCUCCAGCCUCUAGCUGCAGCUCCUUUCAUUCCUGUGACUGUACCUCCAUUCAAAUUAUCUUUCCUCCAUCUUUCUAUCAGCCCUCUCCUAACAAUUAUUUCCUAGUGCAACUGUGAGGUUUUCCUCCUGUUACACCUUUCAAACGUACCUUCCCUCAAUUUCCUAUCCAGCGCUGAAUGAACCUCAUAGGUUCCAGUGCUUUGCCUUUGGCCUAAACUCUAUACUCCAUUCCAUUCUAACAUUGGUAACUGAGACAUUUUAGCACACUGACAUCAUUUAGUCAAAUUGGGCUGAUUACUUCAAAAGCAUGAGACUCUACGUAGUAAGCUAAUCUGUUCUAACUAGCUCAGAAGUUAACAAGUUUGUCAUUUGGUUAUGUCUUUUGUUUGACGCAGAUA